CCGCGGCCGGCGUGGUGCUGGGAAGAGGAAGCGGGGGGAGCGCUCCCAGGCGGCGGCGGCGGCGGCGGGGUCACGAACUCUGACCCCCGGCGGGGGUGCGGCGCAAAAAAAAUAAUAAAAAUUAAAAAAAAAUAAUUGAAAAAAAAAUAUCCCUGGAAAUAAAACCGCUCAGUCAGUAAACACCCGGGCCGGGCCGGGCCGGGCUGGGCCUCCCCGCCGCUCACCCGCCCGCGCCGCCCCCGCCCGCACGGCCCGGCCGGAGCCGGAGCUGGAGCCGGGGCCCCGCUUGGCGCCAAAACCUGAGGUUCUCUAAUGAUCUUGUUUCACCAUGGCAACCAAUAUGGAGGUGCUGGCUCAGCAGAUAGUGGAGACACAGCAGGUGGCUGAGCUGCUCAUCAACUGACCGACUGCUGCAUCCCUGUAGAUGGAGGUGAAAGUAGCACUAGAUGCUUCGUCACCUGCCAGACUGUGAAAGCCUCAGGCAGAGAAGUUAGAUGUUUCACUGACUCUGCCAGAGUUGAGGUACAGACUGUUCAGACAUCAUUAUCUGAAUCACCAGUGAUGACCAGCCCCUCCCCACGUAUCCAGAUUAUCUCCACAGACUCUUCCGUAGCUUCACCACAACGCAUUCAGAUUGUGACAGAUCAGCAAACAGGACAGAAAAUCCAGAUAGUGACAGCUCUGGAUUCAUCAGCAUCUCCAAAGCAACAGUUUAUCUUGGCGAGUCCGGAUGGAACUGGGACAGGAAAGGUGAUAUUAGCAGCACCUGAGACAUCUAAUGCCAAGCAGCUCAUCUUUACCACCACGGACAACAUCGUGCCAGGCAGAAUUCAGAUAGUGACAGACUCUGCUUCAGUGGAACGUUUGUUGGGUAAAACUGAUGUUCAGCGGCCCCAGGUGGUAGAGUAUUGUGUGGUCUGUGGAGAUAAAGCAUCAGGUCGUCACUAUGGUGCUGUCAGUUGUGAGGGAUGCAAAGGUUUCUUUAAAAGGAGUGUCAGGAAGAACUUGACCUACAGUUGUCGUAGCAACCAGGAUUGUAUCAUCAAUAAACACCAUCGGAAUCGUUGCCAGUUUUGUAGGCUUAAGAAAUGCCUAGAGAUGGGCAUGAAAAUGGAAUCGGUUCAGAGUGAAAGAAAACCUUUUGAUGUGCAACGGGAGAAACCAACCAACUGUGCAGCCUCAACUGAAAAAAUCUACAUUAGGAAAGACUUAAGAAGCCCUCUAAUAGCAACUCCAACAUUUGUGGCAGAUAAAGAUGGGACACGAUCGUAUAUGAUUCUGAACAGGUCAGCAGGUCUUCUUGAUCCAGGAAUGCUUGUGAAUAUUCAACAGCCUUUGAUACGGGAUGACGGUACUGUCCUCUUAGCUGCAGACACCAAGGCUGAGACAAGCCAGGGUGCUUUAGGAACACUGGCAAAUGUUGUAACUUCCCUUGCCAACCUCAGUGAGUCACUUAAUAAUGGGGACACUUCUGAAAUCCAGCCAGAGGAUCAAUCUGCAAGUGAGAUCACUAGGGCAUUUGAUACUUUGGCUAAAGCACUUAACACCACAGAUGGCACAACAGCCCAGAACUUGGCAGAUGGGAUGGAUUCUGCAGGAGGAGGGAAUAUUCAUGUAAUCAGCAGAGAUCAGUCAACGCCAAUUAUUGAAGUGGAAGGACCCCUACUAACAGAUACACAUGUCACAUUUAAGCUAACAAUGCCUAGUCCAAUGCCAGAGUACCUCAAUGUACACUACAUCUGUGAAUCAGCAUCACGACUGCUUUUCCUCUCCAUGCACUGGGCUAGAUCCAUUCCCGCUUUUCAAGCACUUGGGCAGGACUGUAACACGAGCCUUGUACGCGCCUGCUGGAAUGAGCUAUUCACGUUAGGCCUUGCACAGUGUGCACAGGUGAUGAGUCUGUCUACUAUCCUAGCAGCUAUUGUCAACCACCUUCAGAACAGCAUACAAGAAGAUAAGCUUUCUGGAGACAGAAUAAAACAAGUCAUGGAACACAUCUGGAAACUUCAGGAGUUCUGUAACAGCAUGGCCAAGCUUGAUAUUGAUGGAUAUGAGUAUGCAUACCUUAAAGCUAUAGUCCUCUUUAGCCCUGAUCACCCUGGUCUAACCAGUUCAAGUCAGAUAGAAAAAUUCCAGGAGAAGGCGCAGAUGGAGCUACAGGACUAUGUUCAAAAAACCUAUCCAGAAGACACGUAUAGGCUUGCCCGGAUUCUAGUUCGCCUGCCAGCACUUAGACUGAUGAGCUCUAGCAUUACUGAGGAACUUUUUUUUACUGGUCUCAUUGGAAAUGUUCCAAUUGACAGCAUAAUCCCCUACAUCCUCAAAAUGGAAACAGCAGAGUAUAAUGGUCAAAUAACUGGCACGUCGGCAUAGUGGGAACAACAUAUAUUGAUGGAUCAAAGUAAUUUUCAUAAAAUUACACAAUUAAGAGAUACAAACUUUAAAAAUGACACUUUGGUAUGUACAAUUAUUUCCAACGCAUUACCAGUUUCCUAUCAGACUGCACCUUCUUUAUUUGCCUCCUUUGACAAAAUAUAAACAGCUAUUAAAAGACCUAUUAGGACCCUUUUCUGCCACAAGGAACAUUUUGAUGCCUUUCAUUCAAAAGGGUAUAGAUUCCUAAACAUACUUUUAAUGAGCUUUGUAUUUAGAAAUUAUCAAUGGGCAAAAAUAGAGUUUUAUAAUGUCAGAGAUUAGUAUUAAAAAUGCUAAAAAGAAAAAAAAAGAGAACAGUAUGUAUAUAUUUAAAAUGUCCUUGGAAUUAAUAUCUAAUAAUUACCAGGGUAUAAUAUUAGCACUUUGUAAGCACUUCUUAUCAAAGCGAUAAUGUCAUCAUCCUGCUUAUGAGCAGAGCAAAUGAAAAACUGCAGAUGUCCUUGGUCAUAAUGCUAAUGAUUUCUGUGAAAAUGUAGACGGCUACAGGAGACAAUCAUCUGUUCUACAAAACGUCACUGUUCAUAAUGUUAUGAAUUUAAUAGCAAUGUGGCUCUUCAAAGCAAAUUUCUACAUUAUAUAGCACUAAGCUCAGCUAAAUUAGUGAAAAUAUGGUUCAUGGACAGCAUGACACAAGCAUAAGAACUAUAGCAUAAUUAGCAGCAGCAAUAAAUGAUACAGAAAUUAUCCAAACUGGAAGGCAAAAUACCAAUUUCUUGCCAUAGCAAUGUUGAAACACGAUGUUUCAGUUCAGCCUGACACUGAUGUUUACAUAGUCAUGACAAACUUUAUUCUGCUCAGAUACCUUUUGAUUGUGGGGGGAAGUCAAUCAUUAACUGGCAGGGAAGCAGUCCUUACCACCUAGAUCUGCGCACUCCUCUCAGUGUAUAGACUUAAUGUAUUUCCAAAUUCAUUCCUUCUUUCAGUGGUCCUGCACCACCCUCACCACCCUUUCAGCCAAAGGAACAAUUCUGAGCCCAGAAUGCUGCUGUUGUCAGCUAGAGAGAUAAGUGUUGAACCCAAGGCACGCGCACUCUCUCUCACUCUCGCUUUCUCCCUCUCUCCCUCUCUCUUUUUUGUCCCUGUCCCCGUCCCCAUCCCUGUCCCCCCCGCCAGGCAUUGAGUGUUCCUGCCUGUGCAGUGCUACCAGCCCUCCUAUGACUCAGUUCCAAAUUGAAGUAUAGGUUGGGUUUGUAUUCAAUCGUGUGCAAUUGCAGUUAAUGACCGAUUGUUUGGUGUUAGAGUACUAACUACCUUUCCUCAGCUAGGGUAGUGACCUAUUAAGAUGUUUUCUAGUAUUGACCAUAUCCUGCUAGCAUUGCUUUUAUUUUAGUGUAAUUUAUUAAUACUGACAUUAAAUAUUUUAAACGACAUUUACAAAAAAUGCAUUUUUGUCACAUUAUACCUUCAUUAAUCUGGUUCUUGCUUACUAUAUUCAUUAAUUACUUUUAAUGAAUUUACCUGGUAGUGGCAUUUUUUAUUUGUAAUACUUGUAUGUGACAAAAUAUACGUAAUGAAUUCAGCACUUCUUUUGCUUCUGGCAUGGACAUUGAUUUAGAAACACAUUCCAGCAGGGUUAGUAUUUGUCUCUCUCUUAAGGUUCUUGAUUGUAGCCAAAGGACCUUGAACAACUUCAGACAAGGCUUUUAAUGUAGUAAGAGCCCUCUUCUAGUACCCUUUCCCCUCAUUUCAAGGUUUUCAUUUAUAACAUUCAUUUUGUCACAAAAGACUUUAUAGCUCCUGGAUGCAUUAAACAUCAUUGCAAUCACCAUCUUUAUAACAUUCAGAAACCUUGGCUAUCAAGAAGAUAUUAUAAAGAGAUUGCAGUGUAAGUGCAGACCUCUGUUGUACCUUCUUCCCCAGGUUUUUGUCAUAGUAAACAGACUUGUUGAUUUUUUUUUCUUGAUUUUUUUUUUUAACUUGAUAGACACUUCCAUGUUUUGAACAUGCUUAAGACAACUGGAAUGCAGAAUUAAUUGUGAGCCACCAUAUUAAAGCAUCACUUCUUUAGGGUUGUGUCAGCUCUUCCAGUAUAAAAUUUGUGUUUUAAGGAUUUAUAUUUGGCCUUAAAAAUUAGUUGUGGCCUGUAUUUUAACAUGUAAAUACUUGCCUUGGAAAUAAAAUUUCACAGAAGCAUUAUGGCCAUUUUUGUGCAAAAAACAAAUGUUAAAGGUGUAUUGUAUAACUUCUUUUUUAAGAAAAGUAGUAUGCAUUGAACUGUUUUGAAUUUAUUAAACUGCAAAAGAUUAGCAGAUCAUGUAGUUUAACUGCUUACAAUGUGUUGUUAACAUUAAGCAGUCAAAUAAGCAUUGUUAGUAAUGGAGUGUGAAACAGUUAUAUACGCAGAAUAUACUAAACCAUUGGAAAUCAAAGUUUUUCUAAAUUUUAUUACAAACUUGAAACUUUUUUCAUGAGAAUUUUGUUUGGACAUGUAUAUUUAUCUAGGGAAAGAGUCUUAUUUUCUGGUGAAGAUGAGCCCAGUUUGUAAUUAAGUCUUCUCUGCUUGAAAAUACUCUAACAUUUGUUUUGUUUCCCUAGUUUUUCAAUAUGAAACUAUUUUACAGAAAAAGAAAAAAAUGAAAAAAACCCUUCACACGCGCACACACACAUCAGCAGCUAAUCAUAAUCUUGGGAGCACAAUUAGAUGCAAUGACACAGAAAAUGUGUCUCUUAAACUUUGUAAAUCUAAAAUGGUAAAUUCCACAGUGCUCUGUUUGCAUCUAUAGUACACAUCUUAAAAACAUGGGACCACAUUGCCAUAUCCUUUGUGGUGCAUCUGAUAGUCCCUUUGCUCUGCAAAUAAUCUCUUUGGCCUCAGAGUGAGUAAAGCUAUCACAAUCCAGCUGGUGUGUAGGAUUCAUUUUUACAAGGUGUGAUUGCAUUUAAUGGCUAGAGUGAGGCAGUUCCAUCCUUACACUCUAAGAAUCCCAAAUUAUCACCUUUUCCUCUGAAUCUUUUGUUUGCGCAGCGUUACUGGCAUGCUUUGCUGGGUGGAGCAAGUCAGAUCCAAGCUUAGUUAACCCCUAGGCCGUUAACAAAAAGUGUUUUCUGCAAGCAUAUGUUGUUUUGAUUCAAAGACAAACAGUUUGGGUGAUAGAAAGCUGGACACCAGAUGUUGUGUUCCAGGGCUUAGGAGAUGUUCCAAAUCUUAGUUGUCUCAAAUACAAAUUAUCAGUAAUAGGAUAGAUGGGGAUAAUAAGAUUUGUGCUUCUGCUUUGCAUGCUGCUAAUGGGCUAACAUAGGAUUGAGCCAAGGAAUUGGUGCCUGUAUAGAAGAGAGAGAAAGGGAAAGUAAAAAUACUGCCACGUAAAAUAGUGAGCCAUUCUCCAGUGCUUGGGCCUUCUUUGAUGUAUCUGUAAAACCAUCCUAAAUGGCUCAAGGACCACCCUAAAGUAAGGAUGAUCUUCCAGAGGUUUAGAGCCAAUAGAGAGGAUCUUACACUACUACAUGUUGCAAGGGUAGUGAGGGUAAGGGGCAUAGCUAGGAAAAAUGGACAUGACCAAGUUAUUCCCUCCUUGGCUAAUCUUCCUUUGAUGGUAUUUCAGCCCUUUGCAUUCAGUAGAAUUCUCUGGCUGUUCUAACAGUACAAGAGGAAAAUGGUCCGUGAAGGGGUGAGGCUAGGAGUGCAAAAGUGAACUUUAAGCCAUCAGUUCACGCCACUGACCUGUGUUCUCUGCAUUUGGCCUGUGCCAUAAAAUCAGAUCCUGUAUUUUUUUCCCAAUUCUUUUUCUGUUAUUAAUAAUGCACUUGCCAAAAAAUAUUAGAAAAGUGGCAUUUUUGCCAUAUAGUUUGUUUUGUUCCUCCUUUCUAUAUUUCAGUGAUUGCACAGUGAGAAUAGACUGGCUUCCCUCACUGGCUUCUAGUCCAUUUCACUUCCCUACAAGCACAAGCUGCACUUUUGUGUUGUAAAUAAGAAUAGGGAAUAUUUUGCUUUAUUUUUUGUUUAAGAUAGUGGCUACAAGAUUAUUGGGAAAACUUCUGUUGUGUCUUAUAUUUGGUACAGUGGCUUUUUUACGUAAACGCAAUAUGACCUGAAAAAAUCUGCAGCCAAAUCUCAUAAACUGCUAGCAAUUGUCAAAACUGCAACAUCCAACUAAAGUUCUUCCUAGUGUCUGAAGUUAGCCUUCUUAAAUUUUUAAGCCCUGACUGUGCUGCUUUUAAAGUUAAAAUUAAAAGAAAAAGCUCAUCAUAAGCCACUUGAUUAGUUAUCUAAACUUGCCCAUCUGUGUACAACAGUAAGAAUUGGUUCAUACAAAACCUGAAAUUCCACAUUGCUGAAAUGCUGUGAAAUGCGGAGCAUAAUAAUAGUCCAGUAUUCCUGAACUCCAUUGACUUCCAGAGCUUGCCAUGCAGGCCUUCCUGUCUUCCUACUCUUGCAAGAAGGCAGUGGAUAUGGAUGUUGUAUGUUAGUAUAAAGGAAUAGUUAUUGAAAGCCAUGAAAGGUCAGUUUGGAUAAAGCUAAAUGUGGUCUGUUUUUGAACGACUUGUAAUUGGUUUUACUUUAUAUGUCCCCAAAGCAAACGGGCUUAUUUAAAAAUUCUAAGUAAAAAUGAUUCUCGUUAAUUAACUCUCAUUAACUUACUAAGCAGCAAGCAGGGAUCAGAUCAGAAGGCAAGGUCCUGAUUUACAUCUCACUUACACUGGUUGUAAGUGAGGCUACUUUGUAGGGACUGAUAGAAAGUAGAAGAGAAACAAGGCCAGAAUUUUUAGAAGGGUGCUAUCAAGAAGUGAAAGAGACCCUGAAUUUGGCUGCAGAAAAUAAAUAAAAAGGAUCCCACAUGGCUGUUCUUUGUUAUAAGAACACUUUUUCUUUGGCAGAUGUUGUGUAAUAGUUACAUCUGCGCCUCUUCCAUUGCCAGAGCACACAGAGCUCUGGAAUACUUCUGGGUACUGCACUGAAGAUGCUCAGUUGCUUAGUAUACUCCUUCACCUCCUAAGUAGGCAGAGAGCUGGUGAGAUUCUUCAGUGACUGAAAGUUAGGGUCAGUUGUUUAAAAGUACCAUGUGGGUUAAAGACUUGACUAACACUGCUACCAAGAUUGGAGUUCCGCUAGGAAGAAAAGACCUGUCAGGUAAAGAUACCCCCUAAGCAAGCAGUGACCAAGGUACUUUUCAGAUAUAGCAAACAGCAGCAGGUCCCCCAUCACUAUCAGGUGUUGUGGGAGGGAGGACUGGUAAAUAUAUAGAUGUACGUGCUUCAACCAAACAUAUGACCAACUGCCUUCACAGAACCACAAAGAUAUCACCACCAAACCCAACUGCAUUAAAGGCAUUAUUGACCUAAACAAGAGAGUCAUGGCAGUUAUGGAUCUUAUCACAGCAGCUACUGCUUCACUGCUGCUCUUGUGAGUUGUUAGCCUCCAUGCAGGUGGCCAGCAAAAGCACAGCAAUAAUGCCUAGGGAACUCACUGCCAGGUCUGCUAAUAAGUGCUUGUGGGUUCAAAUCUUCUUGCAGAAGGAAAAGAGUCCUUUUGAGUUCUAUUUUCACCUUCACCCAUCCUCUUUGCCUCUAAUUUGGCAGGCAAAAGCGGGGGGAUAUAAGUUUGUUCUUACCUGCCUCCCUUCUCUUGUACCCUACAAGAGAGUAGGGAAAAGAGCAACAAGGUACAUCUCCAAAUGUACUCAUAGGGAGCAUCUACAUGAAAUAUUUACUGUGGAGUUGACUAAUUAGCUUCACAGUAAAGCACUGUCUACAAGUGCAGCGCUAUUAGGACAGAGUAAACUAAUUAACUCCCCUGUAAGAUGGUACUGCUAGACACAAGUACUAUCAAACGGCAGAGUUAUUUACUCUGCCACAGUGCACGUGUAGAUACCGACAGCUGGCUGGGGAACAAGGGUGCUUCAGUGUGGGGGCUGACUGCCGGCUAGCCCCACAUUGUGCCUUGUGCCCCAGCCAGCCCCUCUGCAACACAUUGAGCCAGGUCAGAGCAGCCCCAGGCUGGCAGGCUGAUCCCCAGGGCCUCUGCCAGCUGAGGCUGCUCUGCCCCAGCUCAAUGUGCUGCAUUUCCAAGUACACGUGCAAAUGCAGCAUCCAGGAGCAAUCGCUCCGCAGUUUAUUCAGUGGUAUUGCACAUGUAGACACACCCACAGAGUUGUAACAGACCAGCCUGCUUCUGUCAUGGUGGGCCCUUGGACCUACUAAAGUGGCAGCUGGGGACCUCUGCUGUCUCAGUAUAUCCCUGAACAUACGUGGCAUGAGUAAGAGAAGUCGUGUUGCCUACUGCCUUGUAUGAAACAGAGAAGGGAGAAAAUUGUUAGUGCUUACUAAAUGUUGAGUGCAUUACAAAGAGUAGCAAUUUUAAAAUCAAAUAAUGUUUUAUAAAGAGGGAUUUGAUAUUUUCCUUUUGACUCUGGAGUUGUCAAGCCAUUUAGGAAGUAUAUUUUAUAUUCUCAUCAAGCCCUUUUAAAAUUAAGGUGUACUUAUUUUUUGACUAAGGAUGCCAUAAUUCCACCUGUUGGGCUGUGAGAUACAAACCCAUCUUAGUAGAGGUUAAUAGCUGUAAAAUUUGUUUGGGUAAAUAUUUAAAAUGGCUGUCUUAAGGAAGAGGCAACAGAAAAUUAAAUACCUGGGAAAGAUUUUAAAGAAGUUAAGCCUUCAGAUACUAGCAUCAGAAACCCCUAGAAAUACUUUUACUGUAGGGCUCUUCUUUUGUGAAAUACUAAAUUUGUGAUGGAGAGUAUCCAUGGCUGUAUAUAAUGUUCUUUAUAGCCCAUUGUACAAGUGCUUUCAAAUUGGUUUAUUAGGAUCUUCAAAUUCAUGUCUUUCCCCUGACCCACUUUUUUAAGCAAGCAGACAGGUUUUUUAUAUUUCUUUUUGUGCCUCCCACCACUGUGCACUUCUGCAUGGCCAAUACCAGAACCCACUCAAGUAGCUAAUGCAUAUGUAUAUAGUUGUAUGUAUGUGUGUAUGAAUGUAUAUGUAUGUAUAUCUCUCUGUCUAAAUCUAUCCUGUACAGUGUAUAUAAAGUGUGAAUGUGUAUGUAUAUAUGUACAGAGAUGUAGCCAUGUAUUCACACAGUUCUGUAUGUUAAAAGAAAGUUUAGGAUUGAAUUGCUAAUCUGGAGCUUCCUAGAUUUCAUUUGUUGGCCCAAACACAUCCUUGGCUUAAGCAGGUGCAUCACCAGUAACUUCAACAGUGUUGCAGGAGCUGGAGUGGUGCAGGCACAAAGGCGCAUGGUUAAUAGCCUAGAAUGUCACAAGAUCAAGGCCACAGCCCUGCAUACUCACUGCACAGCCCUGUCACACUCCAACAAAUCUGUGGAUUCUGUUGAAUAUGUUGUCACAAGGAAGGGAAGUAGUGUUGCAUCUGUUUCUAAGCCAACUGUGAAUUUGGUUCUUGGUCUCCAUUUUUUUUUUUUUUUAAAUGACCGGGCAUUUGAGAUUUUGAUUUUUUUUUCAACCUUUUCUCAUUUUGCCAGGAUAAGCCAUCCAGUUGAGUCAAUAGAAUCUACAAUGUCCAAGGAAAAAUAAGAAAUAAAAGCAUACAGUAAAUAUUUCCACAUUCUCAAUACACAGGAAGGGGCUUUUUCUAGCCUUCUGGGAGGUCUUUUCAGAGCUUUCUUUUAGCGUGGGAAAUGUGGUAAGAACUUGAAAGUAUUUAAGACUCCAGUAGUAGCUAAUUAGAAGGGUUGUUAUGCAUCUUUGAACUAUACCCCGCAGAACAGAAUACAGUGGAUGGUGCAGUGCAUGCCACUUCUGAAAUCACCAACAAUGAUAAUACUAGAAGAAAUCAAAUUGUUAAUAAAAUUUAGACUUAGAUGUUCCACUCUCACCGCUUCUCAACCAUUGAGAGGCUUAUACAACUUAUGACCAAUAUCCUUCACUGUAUCUUGCCUGGUUUAGUAAAAGCAAUUAAAUUUCCCUGGAGGUGAUGGUUAAAUAAAAGAAAAUUUUUAAAUAGGUUUCCAAUUUUUUGUGAACAUUUAGGCUCUUUUUGGAUUUUGAUGGUGUGUUUGAGGUACUAAGCAUUAUUGUUUCUAGUAACAUCCAGGUUUUUAAUGAAAUCAUUGCAUAUUCUGUCCCUGCUUUUUCAAAUAUUUUUUAUUUUCUAAUUAUAUUUGAUGGUGCAAUUGAGUUACUGGGCUCUUGACUACACUCACACUUUAAAUGUAACCCUCUGUGUUUCUUCUCUGUUUUUUUUUUUUUAAUAUGGUUUUUAAUUUCUUUUUUUUUCCCUCCCUUCACUAAUUUGGAUUUUGCCCAUAAGAUUCAAUUUCUAAUGUUAUUCUUUCUUUGAUUAACAACUUAGUAAUGUAAUUUUAAUUAGCUGUCAAACAAACAUCCAGUUUCACACUAGACCACCUCCCAAAAGUGAUCUGAGUAUAAAAACAAUCUGUGUGAAACCCCCUGUGAUGAUCACAGUACCUGAGCAUUUGGAGCAUACAUGGAAAUUGAGGCCGCAGUAUGAAAAUAUAUAUAUAUUUUGACGGGAAUAUUUUAAUGGAUCUUGCUCCUUUUGCUUUCAGACUCGGAUUUACUUAACAGGCCUUCUGUAAAAGUUUACCUCCACAUUUCAGAAAUUCUUGGUGGGAAAGAAGUGGCUCGGUGCCUCUUAUGUGGUUGUCAUUCGACAAGAUGAUUGUGGAAUUUUCUCAGCGUAUAUUUCCACAUAUUGGGCUCAAUCCUGAACAGACUUUUAUACAGUGCUUAACUUUAAGUAGAUGAGCAGACCCCACAGAAGUCAGUGGGAAUGCUUUGUGCGCAUACAGUUAAGCUUAAGCACAUGUCUUUGCAGGAUCUGGCUAUUUGGGUGUAAAAUCUUUGCUACGAAAGCUGCUAAGAGCAUUCAGUUUCUUGCCAUAUUAUUUAGGAAGUGUUUGUAGAUUUUGUUUCAGUUGCAGACCUUGUGAAACAUUCAUCCUUUUAACAUUUCAAACCCAAUUCUUCAGCAGGCAAAAAUUCCAUUAAAAUCAAUGGAAAACAACAGGAAUAUUUUCUGCCUGAGAUGGCUCUUCAUUUGGUGUCAUGACAAUCAGUACUGUUUGAAUAAUGCUUGUUUUCCUGUUAAAGUAGAAAGGACACCAUAAUGUCUUUAAAUGCUGUUUUAUUUCAAUAGCACUUGUAAAGUUUAAGAAAUAGAUAGAGGUAUUGAUCAGCAUAACAGCUGUUUAAAAGGAGAAAACUGAAUUAAAAAAACAACAACCCAUAUAUUAAGACUGCAAGGUAUGGAACACGACUGAUUCUUUUCCCUAUUUUGACAGACAGAUUGUGCUGAAAUACAAAUAGGAAUAAAUGAGAAUGUAUUAUCCCAUAAAUACAAAUGGGAAUGUAUUUUCUUGCAAAAACGGUGGGAUGUGAAAACAGGUUUCUAUAUUUGAUCCCAGAAAGCCAGCUACCGAAAACCACUCCUAUUAUAGGUGUUUAACACCUCUCAGUAGCUGGCACAUUGCACAUAAAGAAAUGUUCCUAGAAAUACCUACUAUUGUAAAGCAAGUACAGAUCCCUUUUAAGAAUUAUUUCUAGAAUUUUGGAUUUAAAAAACAUGGGAAUUAAUACAUUUAAAAUAAAAAGGGGGGAUAUCCUUUAAAAGUGUGUUAUUUAUAUAAUAUAUUUGCUUUUAUCAUCCAUGGAAUUGAAUUCAAGUGCUGAAAUAUUUUUCUAUAAUUGAUCUCUUCUCCAAAUGAUAUUGUAAUCCAGUGUUCAAACAGUUUUAGAACUGGAAAGCUGCACAUUUUUCAUGGUAUAAUUGUUGUAUGUAUUUGACAUACCCAGGAGCUCUGAGCUCUUACAAAACUACCCCAUCUGUUACAAGAGGAAUUGUCUGCUAUAGUUCCCUGGGGUAUUUUCUGUAAGCCUCUGCUCUUUGUCAUUUAGAAAAAUGUUAUUUAUGCCAUUGCAUUUUAAUUUCAGGUUUAAAACCUGUCAAAAGCUGUUUCUUUCUCACAGGUUCUUUUGUGAAAUCAGCUUUGUAUAUGUGAUGGCAUUUAAAAAUAAUAGCAUGUUCUUUUUUUAAUCUGAAUUUUAUAUCUAAUCGAUGUCUUCAGUCAUGAAGAGGAAUUUGCAUUGUUGUGUUUGUAUAUAGGGUAUUGCAGUGCAUGAUUUAGCUUAUGCAUUUUAUUAAAUGCUGUUUAAAUGUGGCAUUAUAUUGUUGUGGCUUAAUACUACUACCUAAAUGAGGUUUAUACUAUUAAAGUGAAUUACCAAUCUAAA